AUGCGGCCCCUGCUCUGCGCGCUGGCCGCGCUCUCCCUGCUCUGCGCUGCGGGCGCCGACGCCGCUGCUGAACCCUUCAUCCCCUCCCGAGGAGAUCCAGCUCGGACCACAGGGUGUGACACACACAUGGCUGUCCAUGGCCGUUUAGACAUCAUAGAGGAGAAGGUGGAGAAGACCGUGGGGCACCUGGAGGCAGAAGUGAAAGGCCUGCUGAGCCAGCUGGAGGAGCUGGCCUGGAACCUGCCCCAGGGGCCCUUCAGCCGAACCCCCGACCUCCUGGGAGAUGAUCGUUUCUGAGCACCUGUCUGUCUGAGCACCUGUCUGUCUGAGCACCUGUCUG